GCGACCAGGAGGCAGGAACAAUGGAGGUUAAAGGUCGGCCGGAAGUUCCCUAAGUUUCCGGUGGCAUAGAGGGAGCUAUGGCUAAACAUCACCCGGACUUGAUCUUUUGCCGCAAGCAGGCUGGUGUUGCCAUUGGAAGACUAUGUGAAAAAUGUGAUGGCAAGUGUGUGAUCUGUGACUCCUAUGUGCGUCCCUGCACCCUGGUGCGCAUAUGUGAUGAAUGUAACUAUGGCUCUUACCAGGGACGCUGUGUGAUCUGUGGAGGGCCCGGGGUUUCGGAUGCCUAUUAUUGUAAGGAGUGCACCAUCCAGGAGAAAGAUAGAGAUGGUUGCCCAAAGAUUGUCAAUUUGGGGAGCUCUAAGACAGAUCUCUUCUAUGAACGCAAAAAAUAUGGCUUCAAGAAGAGGUGAUUGGUGGGCUGCCUCUUCCUCCCCCCAUCAAGCUGCUGCAGCUGCCAAAAGAAAUGCCUACAGAAAGGAAAUGGAGCACAGAGCAUCACCUGAAUUGCCUAUUAGUACACUGGCCCCUUUCCACCCUUUCCUCUCCUCUCACCCAGCCAUGGGUGAUUCUUCGCAGAGCACUCUGGCAGACUGUACCACAGACAAAUUAAUAGAUUGGUUCAUGGCAUUCCUUAAAUUCAAGAAGCAAGGCUGUGUUAAUCCACAUCGAGAAGUUCUGUACACCAAAAGCUUCUAAAACAGGAAUGAUGUAUUAUUUCAGUCUUCUGUUUGAGGAGCUGACUGUGAGGCUAGCUGCAGUGAGAAGCAUGGCCUUGCAGCAGCUCUGAUGGCAGCUGUCCUUGAUGAAACAUCUGCAGUGCAAUGGGGGCUCUCAGAACAGUCAAUGUGGGCAUUUCAUCUUGUAACACCCACCAAGGUGGUGCUGCUUCAUGUUAUUUUUCUUCUAAAAAUUGGAAACCCUUUCUGUUGCUAUUGUAUUCAUAAAGUAGGUGUUUAUUUUCUGGUAGUCAGCCCCUCCCCAAUUUAAUUUUAACUCUAGGAAUUUUAGUCACCCAGGAAUUUGUGAUUCAAAAUAAAGGUACUGGGAUUCAUUAA